AUGUACAUGAACGGUAUCAAAGACCAAGAUGACACUAAUGAUCGGUACAGUACUCGCUCUGUGACGAGCUACGUCUUACGCGGUCUGAACCAGCCGCUAAUCGACAUGCUCCAAGAUGGGAUACUGCUAGUGGCUUGUAUACCCGAAGCCUGGGCUCGUGCACGAGUCAAGCUGUCAAGUCCAGUGCCGAUGCGAACGCUGUACAUGAACACUUUGACCCAAAACCAUGGCUGGCGUCUGGUCAUGCCCAAGCGAGAGAAGGAUCUUGAUUUCCGAAUAUGCGGCCUUGAAAUGCACUGGAAUCUGACUAUGGGGAUGCUUGUCUAG